AUGCUCCGAGUAUUGAACCUGGGCCCUGUGAGCGAGGAGCCAGCUUGCCGCUUGUCAGGCGGCACGCGGCGGCGCGUGUGCGUGGCGCUGGCCUUCGUGGGCCGGCCGCACCUCGUGUCGCUGGACGAGCCCACCGCCGGCGUCGACCCCUCGCACCGCCGUGACAUCUGGUCGAUGAUCGUGAAGCUGAAGGAAGAGCGCACAGUGCUGCUCACCACGCACCACCUCGACGAGGCCGAGCUGCUCAGCGACCAGAUCGUCAUUAUGCACAAGGGUCAAGUCCACACCUCCGGCUCCCCCAUCGAGAUCAAGCGCUCGCUCGGCAACGGCUACAAGCUGUGCGUGUCGUACGCCGACACCACAGACGCCGACGCCGACAUAAUCGCCGACACCGACACCGACGCCGACGCGUGCCUACACGAGCGCAGCAAACGGCUGCUGAGUGUAGUCCGGGAGGCCAUAGCCAAUGCUAACUUGCUGGAAAUCAACGGACUUGAUGUGGAGUUGUCGCUGCCCUUCUUUGAUGCCAAUGGACUGAAUAACGACUUCCUCAAACUAUGCACAUCCCUGGAAGCGAGCCAAGAGGCGCUGGGCUUCCGUGACUACUCGCUGGAGUGCAGCAGCCUGGAGCAGGUGUUCCACAACGUGUGCUCGCAGGCCGAGCUCACCAGCCACGCCAUAGAGGACGCGCCAGAGGAAUCGGCAUCCAAGAGUGCGUCUACAUCAAGUGUUCGCACUGAAGCGGCGCCGCUCGUGGGCGGCACGGGCCCGCUGACGGGCGGCGCGCUGCAGCACUGGCGCGCGCUGCUGCGAGCCAGAUACCUGCACUACUCCCGGAACAGGUGGCUACUGUUCGUGCUGCUGGUUCUCCCGUCGCUGUUCGUGGGCAUCGCAAUGGCGUUCUCGACCAUCCGGCCGCCUGCUGACAAUGAGAUCGCGCUGCGACUCUUCCCCGGCCUUUAUGCUAACACCACGCAGUUUAUCGUGCCAGAUCCGUCAAGCUAUUCCGAGAACGUGGACCCAACGUUUGCACAACAUGUCCUAGACUACUUAAUGGUGGGCGAUGGUAUCCGAAACUGGACUCAAGCGGACACACCGACUUGUCAGUGCAGCGACAGCAUACAGCAGUGCAACGCAAGCAAUGCUAUCGACAAGCCGAGUAUGAUGGUGCUGCCAGACGUAAAUACUCUCAAUGAGUGGCUCGUCAACUCGCAGAAGGACUACAUUGAAAAAAGAUAUACGGGCUUCACAGUAUCCCUGGCCAACAACAAGACGAACCUAAUCGCGUGGUACAACAACAAAGGUCACCACGCGCUGCCCGCCGCCCUAUCCGCCCUACACUCGGCCGCCCUACGCGCCGCCCUACGCGCGCCAGCCGCCGUCACCGUCUACUCGCAUCCCAUGAAGAUCUCGCCCGAGCAACUGAGCAAGGACACUGUCUACCAGCACGUAGCAGACGCGGGUAUCUCGGCGCUGGUGGUGCUGGCAUACUCUUUAGCCAGCGCGGGCGCGGCCGUGUACUUGGUGCGCGCGCGCACUCGCCAGGAGAAGCGCCUGCAACUGCUGGCCGGCGUGCCGCCGCUGCGCUACUGGGCCGCCGCGCUCGUAUGGGAUAUGCUGAUCAUCGUCAUCAACAUGGUGAUCACGGCGAUACUGAUGGAGGCGUUCCACUUCCCCGUCUUCGUGGAGAAAAAUAAUCUGCCGGCCAUCUGUUUGCUCAUUUUACUUUACGGGUUCGCGUGCGGCAGCUUGGUCCACGCGUGCGAGAAGUUGUUCAGCGAGGCGAGCGUGGCCAACAUGCUGCUGUUCUGCGGCGGCGCCUUCGCCGGGCUGGGCGGCGUCACCGUGCUACUCAUCCUCGACGUCAUCUCCGACUCCGACCAAACGGACAACGCUCGGUGGGUGCUGCACAAGAUCUUCCUGCUGUCGCCGCAGUUUGCUCUCGGAGACGGAUUGCUCGAGAUCGCCAAGAACACUAUACAAGCACAGGUGCUGGCUCGCUUCGGCAUGGACACAUACAAAGAUCCACUGGGCUCCGAGCUGCUGGCGGCUCACUAUACCUACCUGCUGCUGGUGGGCGGCCUGCUUUUCCUGCUCAACCUCGCCGUCGAGCACCAGUACUUCGAGUUCUUGCUGAUCAAGUUCCGUCGGGAGUCGAUCCCGCCUCUGACCGGCGCCGAGCUGGACGAGUUAGAGGAGUUAGGCGCCGGCGAGGAGCGGCGCCGCGUGCGGACGGCGCUGGCGCACGCGGACGCGCCGCUGCGACUGCACACUAUUGGCAACAUCAACGCCGGUUUCGUAGACACAGAGGGCAAGAAGAACUCGCUAAGCAGCAUGGUGUCGGGCCCGCAGGACGUGGCGGCGUGCGUGGGGCUGGGCAAGGCCUACCCCACGCGUGGGCCCGGCGCCGGCCGCGUCGCGCUGCGAGACCUCACGCUGGGCAUACCGCCGGGGCAGUGCACGGCUCUCCUAGGCGAGAACGGCGCGGGCAAGUCGACGACGUUCGCGCUGCUGACGGGCCAGGCGCGCGCCUCCGCCGGACAAGUGAGGCUACGGGGCGACGCCUCCGUACGCUCUGGGUACAUUAGUUACUGUCCUCAAACCGACGCCGUGGACCCGCUACUGACCGUGCGAGAAACGCUGGAAAUAUACUGCACGCUGCGGGGCAUCGCUGAACAGGAAGAAGUGAUCAAGCGCACGCUGGCGUGGUUCGAGCUGGCGCGCUAUGAGAACUCACGAGCGGGCGCACUGAGCGGCGGCAGCCGGCGCCGCCUGUGCGCCUCGCUCGCCUUCAUGAGCCGCUCGCCGCUCAUCCUGCUCGACGAGCCCACCAGCGGCAUGGACGCCGGCUCCCGAGGCUGCGUGGCGCGUAGCGUGCGAGCGGCGUGCGCGCGCGGGCGCGGCGUGCUGCUGGCCACGCACGCGCUGGGCGACGCGCGCGCGCUGCGGGCCCGCGUGGCGCUGCUGCGCGCCGGCCGCCUGCGCGCGCUCGCACCGCUCAGGGCCUGCCUGCACAGGUUCGGCGGCGGCUACGUGGUGGAGUGCCGCGUGGCGGGCGGGCGCGCGCGCGCGGUGUGGGCGCGGGUCGAGUGUCGCGCGCCGCACGCGGCCCUGCGCGUGCUGCACCACAGCGCGCUGCACUUCCUGCUGCCUGAGCACGCCACCGUGGACGGUAAAGAAAUAACGACGCGUCCGAGCGACAUCUUCCGGCUCAUGGCGGCGCUGCAAGGCGCCUGCGACAUCGACGACUACACCGUCACCCAGAGCUCGCUAGAACAGAUGUUCCUGAGCUUCUCGGAGCGCGGGCCCGAGCCCGACGCCGGCGCCGACAGCCGAGACGACCUCACUGACGUCACUGCGCUCUGAACCUAGCACUGGCACUGUAAAGCUUACUGUAAAACUUGCUUUAACUACACCAACGCGUGCAGAUCGAUGGCCAAUGACAGUUCACGCGACCCAUGACAGUUCAGGCGACCUGUCAUUGGCCUUUGAUCGUGUGCCGGCGAUGGCGAUCUGCACGCGUUGGUGUGGUUGAAGCAUAACUACGCCAUUAACCCGUCGAACGAUUCUCUGAGUCAUAGAAAAAUAUUUGCCCUAAAGGCGCGCGCGCACUCGUGCAUUUUUGUCGCCGUGACAGUAUUAUCCGUAAUCUAUAUCCGUUUCUUUUACACUAUUAUAAAGAGAAAAAGAAAGACAUACUGUCCCGGUGACAAAAGUUUAAUCACUGAAUGAAACCUUGGCGAAUCGCGCAACGGGUUAAUUGGAAUCUAUUUUACACUGAGAAUAUGACAUAAUUGGUAAAUUUCUUUGUCAGAAGCCAUAUUAUCAGUGGCUGUAAAGAAUUAAACAUUGGUUAGUCAAAAAGAUGAUUUGGUUUAUUUAAAUCAGUAAACCAUCUGAAGUGCAUUAAAAACAUGUAAUUAGCACUAAUCAUCAUGUAAUAAGAGUUACAUAAAUUAUAUAAAAUGGGUUUGUGAUAUCAAAACCAAACUACCGUCCAAUGUAAAAAAACGAAUUGCUCAAUUACCUUAUUGACAAAUUACUAUUUUACUUUAGUGUUGUAUAAAUGCAUAGGGAUAAACAUAGGUCAAUUAGUGUGGUCUUGCCAUUGCCAUGGAAAUACAUUUAAGUUUUUUUUUAAUAUUUAUAAACACUGGCAAUUUUUUUUCCGAUGUGGCAACUAAAUUAUUUCUUUUGUGGCAACCCUCAAGUAUUGUGUACAGACUGACAGCUUAGUGUGACGCAAUAUUUAGAAACCUUCCACUUACCUUUUUGUAUAGGAUUUUAUGUAUUUUAGAAAUAUUUUAGGUACCAUUU